ACAGUUAAUUCAUAUUUUUGAAAGUUUGAAUUUACCAAGGAGGAACUCAUCUCUCAUUGGAUAGUUUAAAAUAGUCAAGUACCUGCUAGAUAUAAAUCCCGUCUCGUAUAUACAUACUAGGUACCCAGGCAGGUACUAGUAGGUACGCAUACGCAGUUUUGAUAUCUCAGCCAGAUAAAUACACGACCUUGCAAAGUAAAUAUCCAAACUCUUGUUCCCUUCGGAGAAUAAGAGACGACAUGACAACUCCUAGAGCAAAGGAACAUUCUUCUCCCUCAAUGGCUCCCACCAAUCAACCCCAAGGCCCCAAAUCGGGUGAUUUGCCUCCUGAGUUGAUGGAUAUUAUAAAGCCUGCUCUUCAAUUUGGUGGCCUUUCUGCACUUUCUGGCACUAUAAUUGGUGGAUUUUCUGGUAUCCUCGUGUCUCAAACUCCAGUUCUCUUCGCCGUCGCCAGUUCUAUUCAAUGGGGCAUUCUUGGUACCACCUUCUGGGGAACCCGCACUGCCCUUCUUUCCCGUUAUAGGACCGCGUCUAUACACCCGACGCCGCAAGAGAAAGCGCUUUCAACUUCUCUGGCCGCUUCUCUUGCUGGCGCUACUGGAGGUAUACUACGCGGCCCGAAGAAUAUUCUGCCUGGGUUUGUCGUUUUUGGAGCCGCUGGAUAUGUGGGACAAAAGAUCUACGAUGCUGUGGACGAGAGAAAGAUGGAGGAGUUGAGGUUAGAGGAAGGUAGGAAUAGAAAUAGUGGAGACGAUUGGAUGAACUCGAAAUGGGUGCCGUGGAAAAAAUUAUCUGAUGACGAGUAUGAAGGAAUGUUGAAGGAAAGACUGUUAAAGGUUGAUGCGGAGAUUGCAAUUCUAGACGAAAGUCUGCAGGCUUUGCGAGAACAGCAGAGCAACGAGACUGGAAAGCUUCAAGGAACAGCUGAAAAGAAUCAUUAGCUUCCUGUCUAGCUUCUUUACACCAUUGAAAAAGAAUCAUCGGCUACGUGAAAUUUUAGCAUUGAGUUAUUUGUAGCCUGCA